UUUCAAUAUGGCGGAUCAGUUUAAAGAUCCUUCUACCGUAGUGAAACAAGCACGGUAACAUAUGAUGAUUGAAUAUAUGCUGGAUAAACCAUGUAUCGUUCGAUACCUUUAAGUAUUUAUGAGAGUUAUGUCCAUUUUAUAGGCUGUUACAGGACACUGACUUCAAAGAAUUCUGCGCUAAAGUUCUUGGAAUUUUGCAGAGUCGUGAGCGGGGCAAUGAGUGUUUAAACAAUUUAAGGCGACUUUAUUUGUUGUUGGCUGCCACCAGAAAAAGGAGAAGGUAAUUACUGUAAAAUAAUCCUCCUUUCAAAUAGUCCUUUAUCUCUAUUUCAACUCAUUGGAUGGAAAUCAAGUUAAAGAUUGUGAACGAUGUCAGUCGAACUUUGUUUGAAUUGUACCUAAGCUUAUACAAUUAUUCAAAUCUAAUGCCCCAUUCACACCAAAGCUUAAACAUGUUUAAAAGUUGUUUUGUUAAACACAGUUUAAUUUUUUUUUUCUUCAUAGAAACUAUUUAACCGAAUAUUUUUGACUUGAAUGUAGCACAUCGGAAAGGCAAGUUAGCAAGUACUUGAAUCCUAUGGAAAAUCAAGUUUUUCAGUUCUCUGUUUAUAAUUUUCAUUCAAUGAAAACCAGUUUAACAAAACAUGUUUUGCUGGUGUGAAUGGGGUAUAAGUUUUACGUCAGCAUGUGACUUACCGAAUCCUUACCACAUCGAUUAAUUAUUCGGAAAAAAAAAUCGUUGGAAACAGACACAUUUAUCAAUGGGAGGGGUGUGAUGUUCAGAGAUUCCAACCCUCCCGAUUUGAUCGGGAGUCUCCCGAUUUGAUGUCUUGCCUCCGCUCUCCCGAUUUAUCAUAAAAUUCUGAAAACUAGGGGAAAAUUGCUAAUCUUUAGAAUUUUUGGCGAUCUGUCACUGUGAAACACUCAUUUUAUACUUACUUUCUUCGCGAAGAGCAUUAUGGUAUGUUAUAACUCAGGCCGGAAUGAUGCCAAAAUUCAGGAAAUGGCACUUGAGAGAACCUAAAUUUGCAAAAUUUCCCGGGGGCAUGCCCCCUGACCCCCCUAGAAGCUUGCGCCUUUGGCACUAAUAAUCACUCCCUAUUUUCCAUCACAUGGGGUUGGAAUCUCUGGAUGUUGAUGUACUACAAAAUUCUCCGAACUAUUUUCAUGUAAUAUGCUGGUCUAACAUCUCGAAGGGAGAAUUUCUAAUUAGAUCUUGGGAGCAAUAGGGUAAAACAGGAUUAUUUGAUGUGCUUUUCCUUCCACCAGUUUGUCAAAUCAAUUAAUUAAUGAGCUACAAAGUGUUGCUGGCGAACCUCAACAAGGUCCCAAAAGAUUACGACUUCUGUGCAGUGCUAUAUUACGUGAGAUAACUCCAACAAGUCAGCUUGUUAUUGCUAAUGUGGAACCACCAGUGGAGCAGAAGAAUAUACCAAUAAUAUUACCCUUGGCAUGGGUUCAGGUAUGUUGUAAAAAGUGAGUGAUUUAAUGAAGCAGUAUAUUACCCAAUCACUUCUAAGAUCCCAGUAUCAAUUCAUGGAUCAGUUCUUGUGAGUGAAUGUGAACAAUGAAUGGUAGUAGACUCUUCUCAUCAAACUGAAAAAAACUGGAUAAACAUCUGACUGUUGCAAAAAUGUCUGAAUUUGAGACUGACUAGUACAGUUGUUAGAAGUUAUCUUCAAUUCUCAAUGGUUUUGCAGGAAUAAGCUGUUUAGGUGUUUUGCUUCUCCUCUAGAACUGAGUGCAAGUUAAAACAGGACCACUCCCUUCCCUGCUGCAGCCAUUUGUUAAGUUUCCCUGAUAGUUCCUAAUUGUUUAGUUAUGUUAAGCUAUUUUAAUAGACGUUUUUUUAAGAACUCAUGCACUUCCCUGGUACUAACACACUAAUCAGAGUGAACUCUAAUCCUCCCCCCUCACAACAAAUUUUAUAAGGGCUUUAGAUUUUUAAAAGUGAAAGCCUUUAUCACUUGUUAUUUUGGACAUAUAUGUGCUUCACUAUUUAGGGCCAGGAGCGAGGCUUUUGGACAAAAUACAUUCCACAACUUGUACAGUAAGUAACAAAAAACUAAUAAUGACAAGUGAUGGUAUGAGAUUCAUUCUGUUCACUAAUAGUUCUGUGACCCAAUGAUGCUAAGACAUGUACAAGUACUUAAUAUGAUUUGCAAUGGUCUUAACUUGCAGAUGGCUAACAAAACCUGGGGUACCUGUGGAGUUACAAACAUUGUCACUAGGUUCUUUACAAUUAUUAAUAAAUGCAGAUGACAACUUGAUAUCACAAGGUUUGUAUCAGUAUAUAUUUGGAAGUGAAAUUUUUCAUUAACAAAAAUAUUUUUUAUUCUUUUUAAUUCCUUUGCUGUUUUUGGUAUUUUAAAAUUUUUCUAGACUUGACUUGCAUUAAAUGUAAUGAACAAACAGAAUCCAAUUUGAGCAACUUUCCUUUAAACACUUCAUUAAGAUAAUAAAAAUAGUGUAUUAAGUAACAGAAAGCUUUUAAUCAUAGUUAGAAAAACUACAAGCUACAAGAUCUUUACCUUACAAAACUCAUUCCAGUAAUUCAACUGUAUUCACAAAGGAAGUAGAUUAACUUGAAAAUGAGAAAACAAUGAAAUGUUUGACAUGUUUACUUGAUGUCACAGAUGAUGCCGGAGUAGUGAGUCGUCAAAUGGCAAAUUGGCUGAAAAAUGCCAGCACAGUAUCAGCACCAAAUCCUUAUCAGAGACAGAUAUUUGGAGGAGGAAAAUCAAAGGGGGUUGGUAGUGUAAUUUGAACAAAAUUAAUGUUUAAAGAAACUGUAUUAUAUAUAUUUAUUUUAUAAAAUAGCUCUGUAUUAAUUUAUUGUUGUCAUUCAUCAUUAGUUGAACAUAAAACUACAACCUUUGUGUGAUGUGUCUUUUGACAGGAUUUAUAAGCCUAAACUUUUAUUUCAUUUAAGCACCUUCUAUUAAAAUGACAGUCUUUGGUAUUUCCUUGUUAUGGUAUGUAUGUGGUUCAGCUAUAGUAAAGAAUGAAACACCUGUCAUUUUUUUUAUAGUACCAACUUGUUACAGAGGUCGAUGGAACAUCAUCAAGAUACUUUUUUACCAUUUUGAGUAUUGGUAAGCUCAUUUGUCUAAAUUUAUUAAUGAUUUGUUGUUUUUUUAUAUAAUGCGCUUGUAGUGCUUUAAUCUAAUAAAAGUCUGUUCUCAAACAAUAUAAAUAUAUACUACUUGAUAAACUGUGCGCCAAGCUUCACUGUGAAGCUUGAUAUAAGGACAUGGUGUAGUUUAUUUUGUUGGAAAAGAGACUUGCUCUGACCCAUAGGGCCUGUGUUACUUUCUCCAUCCAGCAGUCUAAGUGGUUACAUGACUGUUAAAGAUACCUGAUGAGUCUAGUUUUAGUACCUGAUAAUGCAAACCCCAAACUAGUUCCUACUUAAUUUGGUUUUAUCAACUGAGUUGAUAAUGUAAAUUGGCCACCUUUAAGUGUUUCAAAGCUGACAUUUCGAUGGUUAGCCCUUUAUGGGAGUGAAUUACAAAGGGCUAACCUUCAAAAUGUCAGAUUUGAAACUCUUCAUGUAGCCAAUGUACAUCAUCUUUACAACUCAGUUGAUUAAACUAAAAUUAUCUUGUUAUACUCCCCCAUUGACACAGCACCACAGUUUCUGUAGAAACUUACCCCCUUAAUUCCUACUUACUUAGGCCAGUUGGUCUAAAGGGGCCCCAUUAAAUUCCAGUUGGUCCAUAUUCAAUUUUGUUUAUCUGUUAUAUCUAUCAGUAGCUUUUGAGAGAGCAGCAAUCCAUGCAGCAAACAUUUUGGUUGCAGUCAUGGGAAAAAGACCUACAUUUAACUAAUCAUUGUUUGUUUGUUUACUCUGUUCCACAGCACAGUACUUUUUUCCUGACCAAAUCUUAAACAUCCACAGCUUUUCCAUGUUGCGAUCAUGGCUUCGGCAUCUCAAGUUUAUAAAUACCAUCUCAAAUUCUAAUUCUCCAAGGGGAGGUGCAUCACCACUGAUCUUUUCAACUGCCUCAAAUUCAGGCUCUGUGGAGAAUCUCAGUCAGCCAGGUUAUCGCUCCAGCUCACCCUCUCAAAAUGCCUUGAACCAAAGUCAGUCAAGUAUGGAUAAUAUCUCUGUUGAUUCGCAGUCAUCCACUGGUUUUAUUAUUCCUUUGUCGCGAUCCUCUCCACAAGAUUCUGAGAGCCAGUUGCUAAGUCAGUCCCCUAUGCCUGGCCAAUCCCUGACUAUCCCCACAGAUGACCAGUCAUUGUCAAGUGGUAGUGAUUCUAGACCCCAGACUCCUUUAAGUUUUUCACAUGAUCCUGAAGAGCCUGGUACCAAGGACCAGGCUCAGCAUACAUCAAAGAGAGGAAAACAUAAAAGAAGUCUGUCAACUUUAAGUUUCUCAAAAUUAUUCCCGUCAAGUCCUCAUGGAGUGAAAAGUGGUGAACAAGAACUGAAAGAGAGGGCCUGUGAAUACUGCUUGAGGCUUCUGGAACAAAGUGAAAGAAGUAAGGGUAGUUUUUUUCCCAUGAAAAACCAAACUGCAUACAGGAUUACCAUGAUCAAACUCUUUGUUGCUAAGUUUGAUUUUAUCAAUUUAUGAUGAAAUUUUCAUGUAAAAUUUAUUAUUUUUUCCAAUAGAACCAAGCAAGCAACAGGAUGCUAUGUUAAUUGAAGCUGUAAGUGAACAUUUGUUAGAGGCUUUGAUACUAGAAUAUAUUUUUAUCUAAUGAUUUUCUACAAUAAAUGGUAGAUUUCAGUAGGAUGACUGAUCAUUUGAUUAUCUUAACAGUGUCUGGUUGAAGUUAUCUACAAUUUAGAUGUUCUAUGCUCCAUGGACAAGUCUUUGAUUCCCAAACUUAUCGAGAUUAUAAGAAGACUUUAUGCUCGAGUUACCUCUGAUUUCAACAGAUGGAAAAGAGUGUUGAUUCCUGUGGUACAGUUUCUUCUGAACCAUGGUGAGUUGGACAGACAUCUGUCAGUUUGGCUCAGAGGAGAGGAGAGGAGUGUGGUUUAAACAAGCACAAAAAUUGCCAUUAAAAUGAGACCUAUAUGGUAGCUCCAAUGUGAGAAUUUAACAAAUGAAAUUUGGGUCUCUUUUGACCCUGCAGUACAAAAAUUGAAAAAUAAAAUCAAUUAUUUCUGACUGUACUUGAAUUUAUCAUUAUUAUUUGAUUUCUCAAAUGGCAUUUCCUAUUCUCUAUUCUUUUUUGUUGCAGGUGAGACAGUUGUUUUUGAUCCUGAACCUGCCUGUAAGACUCUGCUGGGUCCAGUGUUAAGUUCCUAUUAUGCAAAGUAUGUUGUGCCAUGUAUUCACAGAAUCAUUGGACCAACAAUAACAUCAUUGGUUACCUAAGAUCUUGCAAAGAGAUGAUUUUCAUAAGUAUAUAAGACAAAAUAAAAAAAGAAACUUUGAUUUCAUCAUGGCUAUUUGAAAACUUGUUCUUGGGCCAAAUAAUUUCCUUAUUUCAUAAAGAUUUUCUGUUAGAACAUUUUCCAAAGUAAUGAUUAACCCUUUAACUCUCAUGAGUGACAAAGACAACUUCUUCUCACAAUAUCAAUACAAUAUCAACCAGAUAAGUAAUGAGAAUAAAGAAAAAUAUCAAUUUGGGGAUAAUUGGUUGAUCCCAUACUAAAUUCUCUGAACUAACAUUAAAAGAAUUGUAUGGUUGACAAUAAGGAGAAUUACAAUUUUGAUCUGGGAAUUAAAGGGUUAACUCUAUGCGUGGUAGUUUUGUUUUCAUCACUGUCAGGGACAAGUCUGAUUUAGAUAAAUAUGAUCAUAUGUACAGGUCAUGUUAGUAUUGUUUGGGAAUGUUAGUCAAGAGUACUUACCAGCUGUUAAAAGUGACUUUUUGUCCUAUGCAUAACCCUGCUAUUAAUCAGAACUGACCAAUCAGAACAAAAAAAUUCCAAACUUUAUCCACUAUUUUGUGUCACUAGAAAUAAUUACAUGGAAGUUCUGCAAAAAGGCAUAGUGAUUUAUAAAUUGAAUGUUUUCACUGACCAGUUCUGACUAAUUUUAAAGGUCUAUCAGUCUGACUUUAAGAAUGGCUACAUCUUUUUGUCUUUUCUGUAGUUCUUCUCUAUCAUUUGAUGUUGUAUUCUUCUGCUUGGAAAACCUGAGGAAACUCUGUAUUUCAACCAAUAUUCUUCCAAAGUAUUUUCCAAACUUGUUCAAGGUAAGUGGAGAUGCUUACAGUAUCCCUUUCUAUUCAAAGGUACACUGCAAUUAUCCUUUCACUGCAAACCCUAACCCUAACCCUAUCGAUUUUCUGCUCGUUUUUCCAUGAAUUUUCCACGAAUUCCACCCUGUCAGAUUGGUUUUCAAAAAUCAGACAAUUUCCUUAAUGGAUAAAUAUUCUUUCUUCUCAUCAUUUUCCCGCCGGAAAAGAUUGUGAUAUUUAAAAAAAAAACUCCUUUGUGAUCACGUCUGGUAGUGUAAAAAGUUAAGUUAAUAGCCUGAGACUACUGGAAAUGGUUUUCAACGACUUGGAAUAAAGAACCAAAGCCCUGGUAAUUACAACGUUCGAUCAAAAGUUGAAGGGGAAUAUCACAAGGAGACAGUGAGUAGUAAAUACCCAUGACCAACCCUAAACGUUGGAAAACAACUGUGAUUGGUUGUCGUUGUAGCACGAGGUUUCUGGGCCAAUUACAAAGCCUAGCGAAGCAGAACAAUUGCAAUCUUUUAGCAAUCCCAGAAUACUUUCGACACUCAAUUAAAAAACCCCCUUGUAACUGUGUUUGUCUUUUUCUGUGCAGAUCUUGGCCUGGCAUCCUCGCACAUAUGUAAAAGAAUUCAUGGAAAUGCUUCCAGCCAUGCUGAACGAAAACACAGCUGUUGAGGUACUUUUUGUUGAAAUUUCUUCCCUUGUUCAAUCAAGAAAUAUAUUAAAAGUCAUUAAGCAAUGUUUGAUUAUUUUUACAGAUGUUUCACACACUGCUGGAUUUGCCUUGUUUGUCCGCUGCUCUGUGUACAUCAUGGGCUACAAAAGGUACAGUAUGUCAGUAGUGUAUGUGACAGUGUUUUUUUUUUUACCAACAUACUGAUCUGCGCCUGAUAAUUCAUAGAACUUUCACUCAAGUGGGUAACCCGAGUCAAUCAGAGGGCUCUUCCAGUUUAAUAGGUUACAACGGAAAUAAAGCUCUUGCACUGUUCUCUCGCACACAGAGGGGCAAUAAUAGAGUGAAGAGUCUCGCCCAUGAACACAAUUUACAGGUGCUACAACAAAGAUUAUCAUAGAGAACCCCGCUCUUGAAAAGUACAGUAGAACCUCAACGGAAAAAGUGUGCCAUUAGAGGAGGAGGUCCGCUUCCAUGAACGAAACCAAAAGGGACCUUGCAUUGUAUCAAAAAAUGUAAAGAGAAGAACGCUUUGAAGAAUUAAUUUCUUAUUUUUUCUUUGGUACCGGCAGCAAGAGCAAACAGUGGAGAUAAGAUGGUGUUCAGUCAGUCUUCUGUGGAUUAUUUUUUGGAGCCGGAAUACAAACCUCUGUUUAGUUUUAUCAUGAGACUUGAAGCUGGACAGGGCGAUACUAUAGAUAAGUAAGAACAAAUUUAUUAAUAUUUAGAUGAAGGAACGUUUACCAAUGCAUUUUACUGCUUUGAGGACGAGUGGCUUUUCUUCAGGGUUGUUACUGCCCAGCAGUGCAUGAUGACACGUCCAAGACUGGUGCUAGUUUUGAUUUAAAGAGAAAACUAUCGGUCGGGAGUGAUUUUAAGAAUGCGCCGGCUCCAAAAGCCGUGCAAUAAAGGAAAUCAGACUUUUGUGUGAAACUGUUGGCAGAAAACUAGGAUGUUGUUUUAUUAUUUGACAUAUUAACCUUUGUUUUGCAGACUUUCGACACUUCACCAUUUGUUACAAGACAGGCUGGAGCAACCUCGCGUCGUGGUAUCUGCUCAAAUUUCUCCGGUUUUAUUGAAGUAAGGAGCUCCCGAUUCUGGCUUAAAACGUAUCGAGCCUAUGAAAUUUUGAUCUUAGAAAUAAUCCUCACAUCACCCCCCUCCCCUUAAAUCAUUACCGCAGGCCAUACCGUGAAAAUGAAAAUUCUUUUCACUUUGAAUUUGUUUUGACACAUUUAUUUUUUUUAAAAAAUAUAUUAAAGAAUCGUGCCAAGUUGCAUUUGAUUUAGAACCAAUCGUGCAGGGAGGUUUAUAAUUUUGAGCGCAGUCAUGCGUUUUCCUCCUUUAUUUUAUUUUUCCUCAGUAAGUUUUUUUAUAAUAUUUGCAAUUUAAUUAUCCUUAGCGUGAUGUUUUCGACUAUCCUGGAAGAGGCAGACGAAGAGACUGCUAGCCGAAUGGUACCAGUUAUAUUGGAGAGAGUCGGCCUUCUUUAUCAUGUGAAAAACUACCGCAAAGAAAUUCACGAGUGGGUAUUCUUUGUGCUUUGAGCAAUUUUCAAUUUAGUGUCGACAGUAUUCCGAGAUAUUUAUUUUUUUGAGUUAAGCCCUGCAGUUUUCUUGGAAAACGGAUCCAAUCACAUCCAAUCACAUGCAAAACUGAAAAGAUUUGUGUUUUUGUCCUUGCUGUUUUCCCGCGCUCUAGAAAGUUGACAUGUGAUAUUUUCCUUUGUAAUGAUUGGACUUUGGACCAACUUUGACUGCGUUUUACGACACCAAUCAAAAAUUGAUUUAUAUAGGAAAUAUUUACACAGCCUGUGUCAAAUCACUGUAUGUUUUUCGCUCGGCUUUAAAGCAAUGUGACGUCACUCAGGAACGAGUUAAGAGGGAUGAACUCAAUCGCGGGACAAGACUUUCCUAUCCACUGGUCAAAGCCGUCCAUUAAUGCUAUAGAUGUCGUAAAAUCUUGAUAAAUCUUGAUUAACGCCGGUGCUCACACCAGUGAUAUACUUACUAAUAGGUUGCUAUCAGAGAGAUUGGUACAAUUGUGUCAAAAAUACCCAAACCUGAUUGUCAGGUUUCAACAGGACAUCAUGGACUUUGUCAGCGGCCUUAAGAACCUUGGGCCGUCCAAAGAGAACUUCUUUGUUCACUUGGUAAGUAGAACAGCAAGAAAAAGGGAACUUUAGCUGAUGAAGAAAAAUCCAUUCAAGUUGUUUGACAGCAGAUUGAAAGCACUCUAAUCAGCUUAUUUGUGGCUAUUAUUAUUGUUAAUGUCUCUGUUUAAGAGCUUUUUUAUCUAGCUGCUGCCUUAAAGAAGAAGACGUACUUGACAUAAUUUUAUUGGACAUUAGGUUUGGGUGAUUGGCGAGUUUGCGUCGUCCUCACAUGAUGGUGGAUGCACGGUGCAACAUAUCGUCCAAUAUUUUGAGGUACUUUAUCAUUUUCUGUUUGAUGACUAAGCGAAUAAUAUUUCCUCUUUCAUCUGUAGAACUUUUCAACUCUGCCUAAUUUUCAAGGCGCAGCUCAUCUUAACUCAAUAUUUAGAAGCUUUUCUAACUAUCACUGUUUUUAUUUAAUUAUUUAUAUUUUUUAUUUACUAGGCACUUGAAGCUUUGACGUAUGAAGUUUUAGGGCAGAGCGCACCACGAAAGGUAUGUGUCAUCAUUUCUAGUGAACUUGUCCCUUCUUAGCAAAGUACCUCCCUCGUAAUUACUAAGGACUGAGGAAAUAAGCUGCGAAGUGUAAAUAGUAAAUCAGCUCUCCUUUCUAUUUUGCCACUCAACAGUUUGUUUCUCUUUCCUCAGGUGUCUUUUAGCGGAAGACUUGUCUCAGUUUUAAUGACAACACUUGCCAAGGUGAGAUUUUAGUUAAUGUUGCAGUUUUUUUUUAUUGUAUCUCGGUUCUCUCAAGAACUGAUUUAUCGCUCUCCUUUGAUGGUCACUUUUCGACUUCACGAUCCAAGGUGACUGAGUGCAUUGCGAGCCAAAUGAUAAUGUACCUUAUCAGUUUAAUUGUAUCAAUGUAGUUUUUCUUCGAGGUAUUUCUAUGACUUUUCACUAUUCUUGAUUUAGUGUGAAGUGAGGUAAAUUGGAUGUUUUACUAGAACAUCGUCUCAUAGAUUUUAGUAUUCUUUAUCCAUACAAUUUGAUCCUGGAUGGCAAGCAGGUACAAUCUUUGUUGAUAAUUUGAUGUAAGUUAAUCGACGAAACCAGAAAUAAUUACUUAAAAAUACACUGUCUGUUGUAAAGAAUACUUAUUACGACCUUAGCUGUAGGAGUGAAAGAGAUUCUUGUUUUAUUCUUGUUUUCUUCUCUUCUAGCUUGCUUCGAGAUGUCAGGAUGUAAUCCAAAGAGCUAUUUUAUGCUUGAGCAAAGUGGUGCGGCAAAAACCCGUGAGUUGGUUCUUGUUUUGUUUCGUCUUCUACUUGUUGUGGUGGAAUGCUCGUCGCCCUCUCUUGCUUUUUUAAGUAAUCAUGCACUUUACCUCAUCUUUGUUUGGACGGACCUUUGUCUAUUAACAAAAAUGUUUCCUUUUUUUGAUAGGAGCUUCUUUCAGACCCAGACUGCUACCCAGAUCUUCUGUUGCGAGCGCAAGAACUUAUCAACCUUUUAAAACUACCUAAGUAAGAGCUGCUAAUAUUGCUUUUUAUUGCUCAACGUUUUCUCCAUUUUUUUACCUUCUUUUACCAAAAUCUAAGAAGAACCGCCAUGGUCAUACGGUUCACGCGCUGUACUACGGAUCGCAAGAUCCUGUUUCGAGCCUUGGCUCGAUUGAUGUGUUUAAAUCUUGUUUACAAGAGCUGCAACGUUUGAACCUUUCUGUGUCACAUUAUUACCUACCAGGCAGUCACUUCCUCUUAUUGAGGACCGCAAAAUAAACACUUGCGUGCCUGGGAGCGCAGUAUUGAAAUUUCGCGCACUGCACAUAGGGAGUGAAAACGUUUCGCGACCGAGCUUUGCUCACAAGGCUCUUCGUUUCAUGAACUAACCAGAAAACUUUGUCUGCACUAUUUUUAGUGUGGCACCUGUGAUCCUAAGCCCGGAUUCAGAAGUUUACAGCGGAAGGUAUGUCAGAAACAAUUUUUGAAGCCUCUCGCAAGCCUCCCGUUCUCGCUAAACUAUGUUAGAAAUGGGCGUGUCUUCUAGAACCAAAAAACAGCCCCCUUUGCCGUUACGAUGACUCAGUGUCUGACGUUUAUCACAACAGUGUUUCCUGCUUUGUAGCUUUUCUUUAUGUGACUUUGCUUCAUUCUUUCAGGUGGCACAGAGACCGAAACGCUUCUCUAUCUCUCCUGUUACGAACUUGUGACACCAUUCUCUCCUCGUAAAUUCCAAAGUAUCAUAGAAACACAUGGCUUUUAUAACAAGAAUCAGAAGGUUUGACUAUGUAGAACCUCUGAGCGUUAGAAUAGUUUUGGGAAACUCUGUAGAAUUUCUCUUAAGCUAUAGUUUUGUAUGUAACUACAAUGUCUGAAUCUGAUGGUAAAAAUAAUUUAUUUUUUUCUCUCCAUUUUUUUAACGAAUGCGCAGAACACAGACAUUUAAUUUAACUUGAUUUACAGAGAGUAAAAAAAAAAAAGCAACAACAAAGUAUGUUAUUAUUUCUAGGAAAUUCAUUCGAAAAACAAUGUUAAUGAAUUUAUAAAGAGUAUACGAAGAGAUAUUAGGUUGUCAAUGUGCG